GUGGCGAGUGUACUUGCUGGGACUAAAAUUCAAAAUAAUCACCGACUGCAACGCAUUCGCCAUGACCAUGAAGAAACGAGAUGUCCCUUUGCGAGUAUCCCGGUGGCCAAUGUUCCUACAAGACUUCGAUUACGAGAUUGAACACCGGAGUGGCACAAAGAUGCGGCAUGUGGAUGCCCUGAGCAGGGUAUCGUGCCUGAUGUUGGAGGACUCGCUCAGCCAUCGCCUGAAACAGGCACAGCUCCAAGACAAUUGGAUAAGGGCGGUUCGGAAGGUGCUAGAGAAAGACGAAUACGAAGAUUACUACGUAAAGCAUGACAUCUUGUACAGAGUAGUGAAGAGCUGUGUGGAGUGUAUAAUUACCGACGCCAAAUCAGGGAAGAAGGAAGGCUACCUCAACACCAUCAGUAAGGAAGACAAACCACUCGGAACCUUCCACGUCGACCAUGUGGGACCAAUGGAGACGACUAAAAAGGCCUAUAAUUACAUAUUGGUGGUAGUAGACGCCUUUUCCAAAUUCGUCUGGCUGUAUCCUACCAAGGACACUGGUGCAGAAGCCGUGAUCGAUCGCAUGAAAAAACAAUCCUCAGUAUUCGGGAAUCCUAGGCGAAUCAUUACCGACCGGGGCGCAGCCUUCACCUCCAAUCGCUUUAUUGUGCAAGCGAGAACAUUCUGCAUUUAG